CGCCCUGGGCUCCGAAAACACGCGGGGUGCUCUCGCCUCGCCCUCUUCAGACGGGCCCCCCGCUUCCCGGGUCCCGGCAGGUGGGCGAGGCUGGGGGGCGGCCUGGCCCCCGUCAGGGUGCGCCGCCGACCCCAGAGCUCCGCCGCGGCCCCGCGCCCCCGCCUCCUCCGAAGAAACCGAGCUGAAGUGCUAAGUUUGAAGAAAGUCUUUGAAACUCACGCCGAAGCCGAGCAGAGUCCUCGUGGCCCAGGAGUCCCGGCUGUUUCCCUUUCAUCCCCUUCCCUGCAAACUGGGUUCCCCAGCGCAGGCCGCGGGUCCCCAAGGACAGGAGCGGGAGGCUUGUUUGGCUCCAACUUCUUACCCUGCAACUCCCUAGCGCGGCUCCCAGGCCUGCGUGGAGUUACCAAAAAGCUCGGUGAAGCGACAGGUCCUCUAGGGCCCUGGUCCACGCCGCUUCCUGACCCCCGAGAGCGCUGCCUCCGGUUCGGGGCAACUGGGGAAGCCAAGCUUCGACCCUCCAGCCCGGGUCAGCGCGAGCGACGCCGCCGAGGCCUAGUUCUCCGGCGCGGAUAGGGUGCUGGGGCCGCGGGCUCAGCUAGUAGGAUAGGCAGGGCGCGCACGGGACCUGCUGCCCUCAAACCUCCCAAAUGUGCCAGACCCUUUGGGGCACAGCCCCCGCCCCGACCCCACUGUCCACACCAGGACCCGAUAGAAAGAAGGACCGCUUGAGUUGGCGAAGGAAGGCCUGCGGCUCCGACGAGGCACCCCUAACCUGGGCCGUGUCUCAGACCCGCCGAGGCUACAGUGGCCCCUUCUGCGUCUUCUGGCCGGCUGUGGGGGACCUGGUCUCGCUUCCUAAAACAUUUCAAACAGAAUGAAACGACCCCUCAUCCUCUGGGCGCCUGCAGCGGGGCCCAGUGCACAUUUGCUGUGCCGUGUAGGGCCGGCUCUCCCCCGGCUAGAAUUUUGCCUACACUUGGGACUUCGCACACGCCGGGGUUCAAACUCUGACCUCCCAGCGGAGUCCAGCUUUUAACUUCUCCUCACUCCUAGCGAUGCCCUACGAGUCUUUGGCCCAUUCCAGGCACGAAAAGAGGUGACGCCGAUCCAGAAAAGUUUGUUUUUUUUGAGGAGGUCUUGGUCUUUGGACUAAGGCCUUGUAGAGCCGAAUUGACCGCCCCGCGCAGUCCACAGCCUGUGUCCCCUCCCCACCCCGUGGCUCCUUGCCUCUGACAAGACCAGGAAGCCGAGAUGGCUGCGAAUGACUCUUUCCUUGUGUCUCCUGUCUCCACAGGCCGAGCCCCAAGACCCAACAGAGCUUGAAGGACUGCGCGGUGGUAGCCCCGCAUUGCGCCUGGCCCCCUGGAUCCGUCGGGGCGCCUUCACCCGGCUGUUAGCAUGAUGUCUUACCUCAAACAACCCCCAUAUGGCAUGAACGGGCUGGGCCUGGCCGGGCCCGCCAUGGACCUCCUGCACCCCUCCGUGGGCUAUCCGGCCACUCCGCGGAAGCAGCGGCGGGAGCGCACCACUUUCACGCGUUCGCAGCUGGACGUGCUCGAGGCGCUCUUCGCCAAGACUCGCUACCCUGACAUUUUCAUGCGCGAGGAGGUGGCGCUCAAGAUCAACCUGCCGGAGUCCAGAGUCCAGGUCUGGUUCAAGAACCGUCGCGCCAAAUGCCGCCAGCAGCAGCAGAGCGGGAGCGGGACAAAGAACCGCCCGGCCAAGAAGAAGUCGUCCCCGGUGCGGGAGAGCUCGGGCUCCGAAAGCAGCGGCCAGUUCACGCCGCCCGCUGUGUCCAGCUCCGCCUCGUCCUCGAGCUCGGCUUCCAGCUCUUCAUCCAUCUCUCCGGGCUCCGCACCUGCGUCGGUGUCGGUGCCCGAGCCCUUGGCCGCACCUAGCAACGCGUCGUGUAUGCAGCGCUCGGUAGCCGCCGGCGCGGCCUCGGCUGCAGCCUCCUAUCCCAUGUCCUACGGCCAGGGCGGCAGCUAUGGCCAGGGCUACCCCGCGCCCUCCUCCUCCUACUUCGGCGGUGUGGACUGCAGCUCCUAUCUGGCGCCCAUGCACUCGCACCACCACCCGCACCAGCUCAGCCCCAUGGCACCAUCCUCCAUGGCGGGCCACCAUCACCACCAUCCCCACGCACACCACCCCUUGAGCCAGUCCUCCGGCCACCACCACCACCACCAUCACCACCACCACCAGGGCUAUGGCAGCUCAGGGCUCGCCUUCAACUCUGCCGACUGCUUGGAUUACAAGGAGCCUGGCGCCACCGCCGCUUCCUCUGCUUGGAAACUCAACUUCAACUCGCCCGACUGUCUGGACUAUAAAGACCAAGCCUCGUGGCGGUUCCAGGUAUUGUGAGCCCAGGAGUGGGAGAGGAGGAAGAGAAACGAAACUACCUACGCUCCCUGUGGUCCCCGUCCUGUUGCUGCUGCUGCACCACCCGCCUUUGCCUCGGCUUCUCCAGAUCUGAUUUUCAUGCCCCUAAACGAUGCCCAUGGCCUGCACUGCCGCCCUCACCUUCGUGCCACUUGCUAGGGUAGGAGGUGCAAAUCCACCCACCCCCUGGACGAAGGGACCGGUGCUUUGGCUUGGCCCACAAGUUCUAUACGGGAGCGCUGUGUGCUCUCCCCCUUAACCCGACCGAACUCCCAAUUCACCCUCUCCCAGUCUUUCUGGACAAUUUAGUAUGCACUUGAAGCCUUCGGAGGCUCUUGGCUCUGACUGGCUGUUUGAGCCCUACACUUUUAUUUAUUCUUCCUGGACACUGGAGUCACUAACUGGCAUGUGUUUGCCCAUUUGAGUGCACCCACACUCUACUCCCAAACACCCACCGCGUAUUCUUCCCGUGCAGGCUGCCGUCCCUUCAUCUGCCCUGGGCCCCGCUCCCCGCCUGCAGGCCCAAGCUCUCGGCUCUUCCUCCUCCCAGGACGCAGGAUGCGCUGGGGCCGGCCCCGGAGGAGGCGCCCCCCGCUUCUCACGCUCAGCCCCGCCCCGCGUAGACCAGGCUCACGCUUCCGCCUCAGCGGGAAUGCUGUACAUAGUCGGUCCGUUCCAAGGACCACUCACACUUUCUAGUGGCUGUUGGUUGAACUGAAGCAUAUCUCGUUUUAGCGCCCAGGAAAUAGAACUUUAAGAUAUAUACAACAUAUAUAUAUAUACAUAUACACAUCUAUAUAUAAAACAAAAGCAAAAAUAUUUCCCUCUGUCCCCCUGCUUCUCUUCCUCAAACGAUGGCGCUUUUCCUUUUUCAGUUGUUCAAAGCUGCCCUGCCCUCACACCUUUUCCCUGUUUGUAUUUAUUAAAGAGAACCGUUUGGGCGCUGGGGGUCGGAGGGCCCGGAGUGUGGAGGAAGCGGAAAAGUCAGGUUAGAGGGGAGGGGGCUGGGCUGGGGCGCAGGGCUGUGUCCUUCGGGGCUAAGCACAGGGUCGCAGUUCUGGUUUAGAGACCAAAAAAGAAAAAAAAAAAAGGAAAGAAAAACAUAUUAUGGGAAAACAAACAAACCCAGGUCCCAAACCCCAGUUCCCGUUCCCGCCAGCUUCUCUCUCUAAGCCUCCCCUGUUUUGUCUAGUGAGUUCUUAGUGCACCUCGCGCUUCCAAAUAUGCGGACCGCCCGCGCCUGUGUAUCAAUUUUGGCUUUGGCCGUUUCGUCCAGUAGGUGGGAAAGUAAUUUGUAAAUUUAAUUUGUCCGAUGUGAAGACCACAAAUUACUUGUUGAAAUGUGAGGCAGCCCCCCCACCCCGUUUAUCUACAUUACUUCCCGAAAAUAAAUGCAAAUUCAUGAG